UAUUUAAUUAUUUUUCUCUCUCUCUCUCUCUAAAACCCGAAACCCCUCUUUCUCUCUCUACUUUUUUUUGUCGGUGUCAGAUCUCUCUCCCAAAAUAUCACCACACGAACAACUAAAGGGGGUUCUGUAACUAAGAUCCACACACAUUCACACACAGUAGUACAAUCAUUGCUGUAUAUAUAAAUAACUAAAGAAGAGAGGAUUUUUGUUAAUUGUUUUUUUGGUGUUGAGAUUUUAUAAUGAGGGUUGGUUUGGUUGUUUCAACUGUAAAUUCGAAGCGUACGAGUUGGGAAAUGCGGCUGAGUUUUUGAAUUGGAACCUUUUUUUUCUUUUUUUGGGAGAAGAUCGUUGAAUUUUUUGUUUCGAUUCUUCGAGGACUGUUGGAAAAUUUCUCUUUAAUUUUUUUUUUUUAUUUUUUUUUUAUUUUUUGUAAUUGGGAUUUGAUUGACAAUGCAGCCAGAUAGCCAUAAGAAGAGCUCAACGGAAUUGGAGUUCUUUUCCGAGUACGGUGACGCAAGCAGGUUCAAAAUCCAAGAAGUCGUAGGCAAAGGAAGCUACGGUGUUGUUUGUUCGGCUAUCGACACUCAUACCGGCGAGAGAGUGGCAAUAAAGAAAAUACACGACGUUUUCGAACACAUAUCCGAUGCUGCGAGAAUUCUACGAGAGAUAAAGCUUCUUCGGCUUCUUCGACACCCGGACGUUGUCGAAAUUAAGCACAUUAUUCUCCCACCUUCGAGAAGAGAAUUUAAAGAUAUCUAUGUUGUUUUCGAGCUGAUGGAAUCGGAUCUACAUCAAGUGAUUAAGGCUAACGACGACUUAACGAGGGAGCAUUAUCAGUUCUUCCUUUACCAAUUGCUUCGUGCCCUUAAAUAUAUUCACACGGCUAAUGUUUACCAUCGAGAUUUGAAGCCGAAGAAUAUAUUGGCGAAUGCGAAUUGUAAACUAAAAGUAUGUGAUUUCGGUUUGGCUAGAGUUGCGUUCAACGACACACCCACAACGAUAUUUUGGACGGAUUACGUUGCUACAAGAUGGUAUAGGGCUCCAGAAUUGUGUGGCUCGUUUUUCUCAAAGUAUACUCCUGCAAUCGAUAUAUGGAGUGUCGGCUGCAUUUUUGCCGAGGUUUUGACGGGGAAGCCACUUUUUCCUGGAAAAAACGUCGUUCACCAGCUCGAUUUGAUAACUGAUCUUCUUGGAACUCCUUCAAUGGAUACAAUUUCUCGAGUGCGAAACGACAAGGCUAGGAGAUAUCUCACUAGCAUGAGAAAGAAACAGCCUGUUCCUUUUUCUCAUAAAUUUCCAAACGCCGAUCCUUUAUCCCUUCGUCUUUUAGAGAAACUACUUGCUUUUGACCCAAAGGACCGCCCUACAGCUGAAGAGGCACUGGGUGAUCCGUAUUUUAAGGGAUUGACCAGGGUUGAUAGAGAACCAUCGGCUCAGCCAAUUUCAAAGAUGGAAUUUGAAUUCGAGAGGCGAAAGGUCACAAAGGAAGAUAUACGAGAGUUGAUAUUCCGUGAGAUAUUGGAGUACCAUCCUCAGCUGCUGAAGGAUUACAUUAAUGGAAUUGAGGGAACUACUUUUCUUUACCCAAGUGCCGUUGAUCAAUUUAAAAAGCAGUUCGCUCAUUUGGAAGAACAUAGUGGUAAAAGUGGACCGGUGAUUCCACUUGAAAGAAAGCAUGUUUCCCUUCCUAGGUCUACCGUUUUACAUUCAAAUACGGCACCUCCAAAGAAUCAAACCACUGUCGAUGGAAUUCACAAUAGUUUAUCAAGAACAUUACAACCCCCUCAAAGAAUCCCCCAGCUCGCGAAACCAGGCAAAGUAGUCGGUCCAGUUAUUCCAUCGGCUUCUUACAGUUACAACAGAAGCAGCACAGGGAAACCCGAGAGAUCAACGGCCGAGAUUCGUAGAGAAUUGCCACCACCUACGAAGCAAAUACCAAGCUGUGCGAUGGCUGCCAAAUUAGCACCCGAUAUAGCUAUAAAUAUAGAUACAAAUCCAUUCUAUACGAUGACUCGACCUGCAGUCGCAGCGAAAACGGAUCAAGUUGACGACAGGGUCGUGAUCGACACAAAUCUUCUACAGACGAGAGCACAGUAUGGUGCAGGUGCACCACCAGCUCGAAAAGUAGGUAGUGUUGUUCAUUAUUCUAUGGCAAAGAUGUAUUAAUCUGCUGUAGUGUUUAAUGUUUAAGAUAGAAUAUGUGUUUGGUGCAUGGUGAGGGUGUACAGAGUGGACGAGUGGCCGUCGAAAUAACGAGAAAAUGUCUCGAAAGUUUUUGUGAUUUUUUUAUUUUA